AUGAAAAGCCCGACCGCUGUUUUGUAUACAAGAGAGAGAACAUUAGAGGUCAGUAUACCACGUAUGUGUAUUCAAGUCGUAUCGUGGCAAUUGCUUCCAAUUGAGUACCCAAUCAUCGGAAUCCAAUACAAACUCUAUAAAUAUAGCUCCGCGUCGUGCGGCAAUGAUUGCAGAGAGAGGAGGGAAUCUAAACCCAAGAAGCCAAUUAAUGUGCUGAGAAGAAAGUCCAUCAAUAUUAUAAAAGAAGGCAUAGGCUCGUUAAAAGUCGUGCCAGGCGGCGUGGAACUCAGGGGCCAAGCGGCCAUUCUAGACGCUCUUAUUGCUUCGAGUGUAAGAUCAAGAAAGGGGAGGAAUCUGGUGCUCGAAUCGUGGAGCAAUUUCACUGCCUCGGCCAGGGCUCACGACGGCCGGCUCUUGGCACGAUUUACACUCAGCGAAGACCGAGUAGACUGCGUAUCAAAAGGCUUCCGGAUAACGGACCCCCGAGGCGGAGUCCUUUUUUCAGCCGACCGGGAACAAGUUGUCGUGGGUGCUGCGACUUUAAAAGUUACUGGUGUUGGAGGCGCGGUUUUCCGCGGAAGUGUACAGACACCUUUGGUGAGAGCUGAGCCUGGACAUAGUCUUAGGCUAGAGUCGGCAACGAGAACGCUGGAAAUAAAAGCGCCAGAACGAGUGGUGAUAGAAUCUCGAGCAGGUGAAAUUUUGGCAUCCUGUCUGUCAGACCUGACGCUCCAGAGUGUGGAGGGCGCAAUCAGGUUCGACGCGAAAUCAGUCUUCCUAAAGGACCUAAAAGUGGGAACGCCCGUGCAGCGACACUCUACCAGAGAACAGCAGCAAGGGCAGCAGCAACCGCGAAACGGGAGGUCCUCGAGUGACCAGAGGGAAUCAAAUAUCUACCAACUGUGUGUCUGCGGCAGCGGGAAGUUGUUCCUCGCGAGACCGGAAGGUGUCUGCCAAGCAGACAAGACCAUCUGCUAA